AUGCUCUGGAUCUUGGUGCAUUUUUUGAAAUUUCCGAUAAUUUUAUGUCACACUAGCUUGCCUCGAAAAGAUGUAGGCAACCAGCACUGGCGGGCGACCUCAAUGCAUAAAGUCGUCUAUACAAACCUCCAAUUCACAAAAAGUCGUCUACGACUGCGUUGCUGUCUCUGA